UGUGAUAACGUUGCAGUUCGAGAAAAAGAAAAACACGACACGCUCGGUAACGAGAACCAUGUGUGUCGUCCAUCUCCUCACCCUUACCCCCACUGCCACCCCCCCCCAUUUCCCAUCUGUGCCCUUCAGGCCCUCGCCUCAAGUCACCUCCCACUUCCUUCUGAACCCUGUCUGUUUUUGUUUUCGAGCCCGGGCUCUUUGCACAGGAAAUUGUCCACAUUGGGAGCAUUCAGGAAAGGCAGAGAGCGGCUUUUCCCGUCAGGUCCCGAGUUUUUGGGACACAUGAGAAUUUUUUUUUUUUAAACACAUGGAUAAAGGAGGUCAGUAAUUCCUAAAGCAGGAGAGAAACAGAAGUCAGCUGUUCUCCUCCCCUCACGCCACUUCUUCCCUCCUCUUUACACAGUCUCAACAUUUCUCUAAAAGACCCUCUGUCACGAGUCCAUCUCUAAAUAUAGAGAGAGAGCAACGUGGAAAUCUUGAUUACAAAUAAAGAAAACGGAAAGUUCCCUGCGGGAUUUGCCUCUGUUCGUUCGCUUCCCCGGGCUACAGAGGAGCUAGUGAGAAGGGGAGACUGUGGAAUGAAGGAAAAGAGGAGGAGAUAAAAAAAAAAAAAAGGAGCAGAGGGAAACUGGCUGGGGGUAAAAAAACAAAAAACACACACACAACAGGAAACGGACCGAUUCUAACGCUGUUUCUGCAGAAGAAUCCUUCAGAGAUAAAGCGACGGGCUGCCACGUCUCGGCUGGGAACGUCCAUCGAUCCGUCACUCGGACUUGUGACGAUCUAAAGGACUUUAAACGUUUUUUAUAAAGAUGUGACGUCACUUCUGCUCUCAGCCUCCCGACCGUGUGGUUAAUCAGAAUGUGAAGCGGAUGCAGAGAGUUUUUUUUUUCGGGGGCUGUGCGCUGGGAUUUGUUCUCCGCGGCUGCUGCUGCUCUCUUUUUUUUUUUUCUCUUCUUCUUUCUGACCCACAGACUCGACCCUCCGGUCGAGGUCACAUGGGGAUCGAUCGCCGCGCUUCCAAAAGGAUCCGUUUGUUUUGAUCUCACCGGGACGACUAACUGGAGACCACAUGAAGAAUAAAGGCACGAAGCAGAAAUCCAAAAAGAAAGGAGGCGAAAAUGCGUUCGGCUGUGACCUGACAGAACACCUCCAGAGCUCGGCACAGGAUGUUCCUCAGGUUCUUAAGAAGUGUGCAGAGUUCAUCGAGGAGCACGGGAUCGUGGACGGGAUCUACAGACUGUCGGGGGUCACCUCAAACAUCCAGCGGCUCAGGCAGGAAUUCAGCUCCGAGGCGUGCCCCGACCUCACAAAGGAAGUGUACCUCCAGGACAUCCACUGUGUGGGUUCCUUAUGCAAGCUGUUCUUCAGGGAGCUUCCCAACCCUCUGCUCACGUAUGAGCUGUACAGCAAAUUCACCGAAGUGGUCUCGGUCCAGGGGGAUCAUGAGAGACUGGUCCACAUUCAGGGGGUCAUCAAAGAGCUGCCGAGCCCUCACUUCAGGACUCUGGAGUACCUCACGAAACACUUGGCCCACCUUGCCACCUUAAGCACCCAGACCAACAUGCACACCCGGAACCUGGCCCUGGUCUGGGCUCCGAAUCUAUUACGCUCUAAAGACAUCGAGGCGUCGUGUAGUAACGGAGACAUGGCGUUCCAGGAGGUGCGGAUACAACAGUCGGUGGUCGAGUAUAUUCUCAACCACACGGAGGAGAUCUUCAGCGACGCUGUGCAAAUCAAACCCAAAGAAGGACGCAGUUUGAUGUGCGGGGAGAAGUACGCCACGCUGCCGCUCAGUGGCCAGUGUGAGCCCAUGAAGCUGAUGAGCCUGGAAGAAGCCCAGGCCCGUUCCUUAAGUCCAAACCACCCGGUGCAUCGGGAACGUCAGCGGGAGAACAGUCUGCCCAACGCCAGCACGGCCACGCUCUACCACACCGUCAUCGACAUAUCAGACAGCAAGAGAAAGUUAUCUGGGAAAUCAAAGAAGUGGAAGUCCAUCUUCAACCUGGGGCGCUCCGUGGAGUCGAAAGGGAAACUGAGCCGGAACGGCAGCGUGUUCAUCAGAACCCAGGGGACAGAAAAGGCAGCGUCUCUCCGCCCCUCCAGGAGCAUGGAGUCGCUGUGCUCCUUACCCACAGAUGACGACAGAACAGGAAACAAGAGUCCAGCCGGUGGAGCCGGCGGCCAUUUAGCUCCGGAUGUAAAGUCCAGAACGCUGGACUCGCUCCUGGAUCUGAGCGACCACGACGCCGACGGCUGGGACUUCAGGGCGCCGCGAGCCGGAGGGGCGGCGGGCGGCUGGAGCGCCUCCUCGGCUCCGCCUCCCAAAACUCUGCCGGAGCAGCUGAAGGUGUUCAAAGGCGACGACCUCGGCGGCUACAAGCCCACCUCCCCGAAGAGCCGGAGGAUGCUGUACUCGGGCGGCGCCGCCUCCUCCCGGCCCUCCUUCCCGGGGAGCUUCUUCCCGCUGGAGUCGUCGCCGAGGCAUCAGCGGCGAGCCGUCAACAUCUCGGAGCCCUUCGCCGUGUCGGUGCCGCUGCGCGUGUCGGCCGUGAUCAGCGCCAACAGCACGCCGUGCGGGGCGCACGUCAAGGACAAGGCCGCCGCCCUGAGGCCGUGCAGAGAGAGCUCGGAGCGGAGCGGCGGCGCCGGGAAGAGCAACGCGGCGCAAAGAGAGGAAGACAAGAAGCGGGAAGGAAGCGAGAAGAAACACACGGAGGAGCCGACGGCCUCGAGGGCCCGACCAGAGGAUGCAAGCAAAGAGAUGUUGCCAGGGGGUCAAGGAGGGGUCAAUACUUCUGAACUGGAACCAGCGUCCGAUGCAAACGCAAGAGAAAGCAGAGAUGCAGCGCCCCCUGCUGGCCGAGAGCCGCACAGCCAGCAGACGACGACGCAGCCGGAUGAAGGCUCCUCUCCUGUGACAGAGCUGUGGUCCGACCUCCACCAGGAGCUGAAGAUAACCGAACCUGAGAUCGACCUGCCGGGCGAGACCUCCGACCCCCCCGCGUCCAGCCCCCGCGAGGUCGAGAGGUCAACGGCGGACGUGAAGUCGAAACGCGGCUCUCCGUCUCCGUCGCCGCUCGUCGUUCGGGAUCCGCCUCCCUGCUCCUCCGGAUCCGACUCUGCGAAGACACGCCCCUCAGAGUCCGACGCCUCGUCUCCUCCUCACGACGACGACGGCGUCACGGGAAACGUCGGCGCCACCGCGCCGGAGGGAAAACACAAGAAGCUGCAUCUGAACCUCAAACCCUUCAGCGGAGACGCGGCGCCGCAUCGCCGACCGCCUUCGGAAGAACCCCGCUCGAAUAAAGUUGCGACGACGGCGGAGGAGGAGGAGGAGGAGGAGGAGACCCCGACGGAUGACGCCGACGGUGCAGAAUUUGAGAAACUCGAAAUCUCGCGAGGAGAAAAAAAGGACGACGAGGCGGUGAAGAAGAAGAAGAACGACAUCAGCGCGAUGACCUCCGCGGCGGAGGCGGUCCAGAGGCUGUCGGUGUGUCUGGAGGAGAGACGUCGCACCUCGGAGCCGCCGAACCUCGACCGCUACGAGGGAGGAGGAGGAGGAGGAGGAGGAGGAGGAGGAGGGAACGCCGAGGAGCUGGACCUGAUGGAGCCCUGGGAGGACCUGAGCUCCGCCCAGCAGUGGGUCACCAGCCCGCUGCACUCGCCCGACGUGGAGGAGUCGUUCCAGCAGCCGUCGCCCUUCGGCUCUCGCGGUGAAGCUCGCGUCACGCCUCCGCCGGUCCGACGGAGCCUCGACGAGGGCGCCGAGCGCCUCUCGGGGGACGGCCCUCGGAGCGGGGCGGCGCGUUCGCCCUCGGGGAGAUGCGGCGCGACCAAACAGAAGAGCCAAGCGGCGUCUCAGCGGUUCUACCGCCAGAUGUCCUACGAGGCCGAGAGAAGGGAGGAGCCCCGCCCCUCCGGACGCCGGCCGAGCUCGCUCAACUUGGACCCGGGCCCCCGGUGCAUCCGGGACAUCUCCAACCAGCAGCACCGGAAGUCGUCCGAGUUUAGCUCCUCCCCCGGAGGGCCGCCAACCUCCUCCGAGUCCGCGAGCGACCGGCUCCCGUCGGAGCUGGAGUCGUUCCUGAGCGAGCGGCGGGCGCCGCUGCGGCGCAACUCUGCGCCGGUGAGCGUGUCGUCGGUGCGGAUGGCGUUCAUGAUCAAGACGUGCCAGGCCCGGGGCGUGCCGGUGGUGGCCCCGAGGGUCCAGUACAGCCUGAUGCCCCCCGCCACCAUGGAGCAGGACGGCGACGCGGCGAAGGAGCGAGGAAAGGAGCGAGGAAAGGAGCAAGGAAAGGAGCAAGGAAAGGAGCGAGGAAAGGAGCAAGGAAAGGAGCAAGGAAAGGAGCGAGGAAAGGAGAGUCUCGCGGCGCCUCCUCCUCCUCCUCCGGCGAUGUCCGAUCUGAAGGAGGAGCUGGAGAACAAAGAGCCACGACCCAAACACCCGCACGGCGCCGAGCCGCCGGUCAUCCGGAGGCGACACGCGGCGCCCAGCCUGGAGGUGUUUGUGGAUUGUCCGCGACCCGCCACCACCAACAACAACAACAACAACAACAGGAACCUCUUGCAGAGGCCGUCCUUCAGGACCCGGCAGAGGCCUCAGAGCCUGAUCCUGCUCAGCCCCCCGUUCCCCGUCGUGGACUACCCGACGUCGGGGGACGACGGCAAGCCGGCGGCGACGAGCGUCUUCUCCAAAGAGGCGGCGGAGACUUUCAGGACGCCGGAGGGGAUCGCCCUUCAAAAUAAAAUGACCAUUCCGAAGAGCGGACAGAGACUGGAGACGUCGACCAGCUGCUUCUACCAGCCGCAGAGGAGGUCCAUGAUAUUCGACAGCAGGAGCCACCGACAGAUCGAGUGAACAGGAAACACGGAAGAUGUUCAGGAUACGCGAUGAUGUCAUAACCUCGUGAGUUUGCUGUGAUUGACACAUUCCUUGAGGGAGGGAAUUUCUGAUUUUUCUAAGUAUUUGAGAUGUGCGUGAAAGACAGUUGAGCUUGACAGAAAUCUAAAGUGCUGCAAAUUAAGGAUUUACAAAUAAUUUCAAAAUUAUAUUGAGGUUAAUUUGUAGAUUAGUCGAUUUAAAAUAUCAAAAACAAUCGUGAUAAUGUUUAAAUAAUGCCCCUUUGUGCACGCUGACUGUAGUUUGUGUGUUGGAGUCGGAUGAUGUCAUCUCCAGGUGUGUGUCUAUCUUUUGUUGCAUUUAAUGAGCAAAAAGAAUCCGAUGUUUUUUUGCUUUAUCGCCCAUGAACACAACAUAUUUGGGAUGUUUCAGGAGUCUGCAGUGUAUUUUCUAAAGAUGCGGAUGUUAUUGAGGUGACAGUAUGUGUGUAUUCUGACGUUUGGAUGGACCGGAUGAAUGAUGGAAGUGUUUUAUAAAGAAAAAAAAGUAAAAGUAUUUGAGAAAUGAGAAUUGUAUUUUUUAUUUCUUGGUGUAACUUUUGUAUAUUGAUACUGCAGCUGUCUGUAUUCACAGGAAACACAACGGACAUGUUUUGCUUUAAGUAUCUGAAGUCAUGUAAAAAAAAAAAACAACACUUGAUGAGUUUUGUUAAAAAUCGAGAGAAUAAAAAGUUGUGAAAAUCCC